AAAAAAAAUGAUGAGAUUCAAAGAUGUCUGUCAACUGUCAAUGUCGUUGUUGUUUUCCUUUUCUACGCGAUUUUUGAAGAAAAUAAAAUAACAAGUACUUGCAUUAAAUUUUUCACUAUUAUACAAAAAAUUGUAGUGAUUCCUAACACUACAACAUGCCCUUAACGUUACAAGGAGUUCGUCAGUAUUUAACUGAACUUAGAAAUUCAGGCGGUUUGCACAAAGAUCAGGCUGAAAAGUAUCGUAAUGUAUUGCUGGAAAUUCUUGUAAAUCCCGCUGAACUAGCUGAAUCAUUAAAAGCUUUCGUUGAAGCAAUUGUAAAUGAGAAUGUGAGCCUCGUGAUAUCUCGGCAGCUGCUGACCGAUGUGAGCACUCACUUGGCGCUGCUGCCUGACGAGGUGUCUCAGGAGGUGUCACAUUUUGCUCUGGAUGUCAUACAGCCAAGGGUCAUAUCAUUUGAAGAACAGGUGGCAAGUAUAAGACAACAUUUAGCUGAUAUUUAUGAGAGACAUCAGAACUGGAAGGAAGCAGCAAAUGUUCUUGUUGGAAUUCCUCUUGAAACUGGACAAAAGCAAUACUCAGUUGACUACAAAUUGGAGACAUACCUAAAGAUAGCCAGGCUGUACCUGGAGGUGGAUGAUCCUGUACAAGCUGAAGCAUUUGUGAACCGAGCUUCACUUUUACAAGCUGAGACAACUAAUGAACAACUACAGAUAUAUUAUAAAGUGUGCUAUGCUAGAGUAUUGGAUUACAGAAGAAAAUUUAUAGAAGCUGCACAAAGGUAUAAUGAACUGUCGUACCGCAAUAUCAUACAUGAGGAUGAGAGAAUGACUUGCUUGAGGAAUGCUCUUAUAUGCACUGUACUUGCAUCUGCAGGCCAACAAAGGUCGAGGAUGUUGGCAACAUUGUUCAAAGAUGAGCGUUGCCAGCAACUACCUGCAUACUCCAUUUUAGAGAAAAUGUAUCUCGACCGCAUAAUUCGCCGCUCAGAGUUGCAUGAGUUUGAAGCAUUGAUGCAAAGUCAUCAAAAGGCGACGACAUCAGAUGGGUCUACAAUAUUAGACCGAGCAGUGUUUGAGCACAACCUGCUGUCAGCCAGCAAGUUGUACAACAAUAUAACGUUCGAGGAGCUGGGAGCGCUGCUGGAGACGCCGCCAGGCAAGGCGGAGCGCAUCGCCAGUCAUAUGAUCAGUGAGGGCAGGAUGAACGGUUAUAUUGAUCAGAUCAGCUCUGUUGUGCACUUUGAGACACGUGAAAUUCUACCGCAGUGGGACAAGCAGAUCCAAAGCCUGUGUUACCAAGUAAACAGUCUGAUAGAGAAGAUCGCUGCAGCAGAGCCCGAGUGGAUGGCCAAGGUCAUGGAAGAGGAAAUGAUACAGUAGAUUGUUUAUCAUAUUAUUAAUUAUCGUGUAAUUUUAAUACGUAUAAUAAAGGCUUC